AGAUUCACCGCUCUGCUCCUGCAUGCAGCAUUAAACAUGGCGGACGGCUAACACAUUCGUUGCUUCAAAAUAAGUCCUGGCUGGGGGUUUUGUCAUUAGGACUACACACAGUACCCCGUCCUCUGUCGUGUGUACCCAGAGAGGCGUGUACACCUCGCCGCGGGCUGUAUUUCUUUAAGGAAAAGGGUGAAGGAGACACACUGCAAAAAUGGGGCGACGUUCUACCUCCUCCACCAAGAGUGGGAAGUUUAUGAAUCCCACCGACCAGGCCAGAAAGGAGGCCAGGAAAAGGGAGUUAAAAAAGAACAAGAAGCAGAGGAUGAUGGUGAGAGCCGCCGUGCUGAAGAUGAAAGAUCCCAGACAAAUCAUCAGAGACAUGGAGAAGCUGGAUGAGAUGGAGUUCAACCCAGUUCAGCAGCCCUUGUUGAAUGAGAAGGUACUGAGGGACAAGCGAAAGAAGCUACGGGAGACAUUUGAACGCAUCGUCCAUCUGUAUGAGAGGGAGAACCCGGAAACCUACAAGGAGCUGCGCAAACUGGAGCUCGAAUAUGAGACCAAACGAGGGCAGCUUGCGCUUUAUUUCGACUCGGUCAAGAACGCAGAGUCAGUGGAAGUGGACAGCAUCCCCUUACCCGACAUGCCUCACGCCCCAUCCAACAUCCACAUUCAGGACAUCCCGUUACCGAGGGCUCAGCCUCCUUCUAUACUGAAAAAAAGCUCCUCUUUUGGUAAACCAUCCUCAGGAGCGGCCACACUUCCCAGUGUCCCACGUUUACCUCCAGGGAAGAAACCUCCUGGACCCCCUCCCGGCCCGCCCCCUCCACAGGUGCUGGCGCUGUACGGGAUUCCAUCUCGACGCAGCUACGGCACAGACGCAGACCCGUCCAUUCCUGGGUUAGACAGGGACUCUGCCAUGGAUCUGGGACGAGAUCGGGACAGCGGGAGCGACAGCGACAGAGACCGGGAUGACGGCGACGACGACAGCGACUCUGAGGAGGACAGCGACGAAGACGGAGAUGAUGGGGCAGACGGCGAUAGAGCCCGUGGGAAUCGGCAAGGGGACGAUAGGGACGAGGACAGGAGCGAAAGACACGCUGGUCGCAGCGUGCGUUUUGCAGAUUCAACAGCGGAUGAUUCGCGGGACGGGAAAAGAAAGAAAAAGAGAUUGGUGAAGAAGACGAAGGCCAUUACUCCUCUGCAAGCCAUGAUGUUAAGGAUGGCAGGUCAGUCAAUUCCUGAGGAGGACGAAGAAGAGGAGGUGGAAGAGGAGUACACAGAUGAGUCGGACGCCUCCGACACUGAGGAUAGGGGGCCACCAGGGGACUCUCAGCCCUCUCAGGUUAUAGCCAAUCCACGUCUGCCCCCUCCUCCUGGGGCAGUUGGGCAGCAAGGACCUCCACCCAUGCAAGGCCCACCGAUGACCGGACCUCCUCCACUAGGCCCUCCACCAGCUCCUCCUAUGCGACCUCCUGGUCCUCCCUCUGGCCCGCCCCCUGCACCCCCUCCAGGUGCCCCUCCAUUUUUGAGGCCUCCUGGUAUGCCCGGAGGAAUUCGGGGUCCAAUGCCUCGUCUCCUGCCCCCCGGUCCUCCACCUGGGCGACCACCCGGCCCUCCUCCAGGCCCCCCUCCCAGUCUCCCUCCUGGCCCCCCGCCACGUGGGCCUCCUCCCAGACUACCACCCCCAGCACCGCCAGGUAUCCCACCUCCUCCCCCGAGAGCAGGAGCCCCCCCUCGUCCUCUUGCGCCACCACUCUCCAUGUUUCCUCCACCUCUCAACUCCAAUGUGCUCAGCGCUCCUCCCAGCAUUGUUCCAAGGCAGAAAGGCCCAGGAUCCAGCCAGGAAGGUUCACAGAACAACAUGCCACCCCCCGCCAUGCCCAUGCGACCUGGAGUCAUGCAGAUGCCCCCUCCUCCCGGUACAGCCGGCAGCCACCACCACGCGGCCACCAUCGAGAAAAGAGCCAACAUCACUUCUGUGGCAGCUGCCGGAGGCGGCCUGGCGGCAGGCGCCGGCGCCGGGGGGGCUACCAUCUCAGCCAAACCUCAAAUUAUCAACCCCAAGGCGGAGGUCACCCGCUUUGUGCCGACGGCACUGAGGGUGCGUAGAGACAAGGCUGGACCAAUGCCGGGGGCAGCCACCGGGCCCCUGGAGAAAGCGGGGGGGAGUGCUGCCGGACGGAGAGGAGACGAAGGGAUGGGAGGAGGACAGUGGCAGAAACAGCAAGCGGCUUCUUCAAUGGGGCUGGCCAACCCGUCACACAUGGGUUCUGUUCCUCAGCCCAGCAUGAAGACUAAGGACCAAGUUUAUGAAGCGUUUAUGAGGGAGAUGGAGGGAUUGCUGUAAGACUGUAGGGGGGGUGUUUGAACUACACUAGUAGUUUGUGUGUUUGCUGUGCAGAGUUGUAGAAGUAGCUGUAUUUUGAGCAUUUGGCAGUAUAAUUUUCUCAUCGAAAAAAGUCUGGGCUGCAACAGUAGAACAGAUUUUUAUAUUUGAAUUGGUUAUUUCUCAAGGCAAUUGUACACUAUGCUCUGCACUGCGUUUUUUGUCUGUUAGUGUUUUUUUAUUUUUUAAAUCUAUCAGUAUGUUUCUUUCCAGCAACAGCUUCCAACUUUGUGUAAUUGAUUUUGUUUUGUUAUUUUAUUGCUGAUCAUCUGAAUAGGACAGUUUAAAAAUGUCAGAAUAUGUUUGACUGAUGAAAGCCAUGUGUGAAACAACUUGUUCUGCAGCCAAAUAAAAAUCGGUUCUAACAUG